UAUGAAUCCCACAGUUUUUGAUCUCUUUGCAUAAAUCAAAGGAUUGUAUACAUGUAAAUCAUUUAAGUUAUUUAAGAAUAAAAUUUAGAAGAAUUUCAUCAAAGAUUCAAAGGAGAUGAUGAAUUCAAAAAAAUAUCCAGAUAAAAUAAAAUUUCUAAGAGUUAACUAGAUAGUUUAGAGGACAAGACAGCUUUGAUUAAUAAAUUAAAAAAAGUUAUUAAUGAAAGUAAAACAGCACAUAAAGAUGCAUUACUAUCAGCGAAGAAAUUUGAGAUAGCUACUCAAGAAAAAGAAAAAGGUAAUUUUUAAUUCUAAUAAAAAAGUUUUUAAUGAAAAUUAAAGAUUGAAGAAUCAAAUUAAAACAUUAGAUGCUUUUAGAAUUACUUAAACAAAUCAAUUAAAUGAAUAUUAAGAAAAAUACAGCAAAGUAGUUGAUGAAGAAAAAUAAAAGAAAACAGAAUUAGUUGAAGGAUUCUAAUAAGAAAUCAAAGAUAUAUCUACUAAAAUGGAAGAAGUAUCUACUGCUAAACAUAAGAGUUAAGCUGAAAAUGAAGCUUUAAAAGAAAAAAUGAAAGAAAUUUAAGAACAUGUUGAAAAAAGAGAUAAAAUCUUUGAUGAAGAAUUAAUUAAAUUAGGUAAUUAUUAUAAUUAUAUUUAACUUAAAGAUUAAUAAAGAAAAGAAAGAGAAACUAAAAUAUUUGAAUAAAUCAAUAAUAUAAGUUAAUCACUUGGUACAACUGAUAAUUCAGAAGAUUUAUUAUAAAAAAUCAAAGAAGAAGAAGCAUUAGUAGAUGCUCAUUUGAAUCCACAUCUAUAGAAAGCAGAAGAAUUUUAAUAAAUUAUUGAGAAAACAAAUCAAUAAUUUAAUUUAUAUAAAAAUGAAACAGAAAAAGUACUUUCCCAUCUUUUAUAUAGCUUGCAUAAUCAUGUAGAAAUUUUGAGUAGAAAUCCUAAGCUUGUUAAAGAAAGUGUGAAAAGUCUGAUAUUUACAUUGUAGAAUAAGCGAAAGAAGUAAUCAAUUAAUCUAAUUUAUUAGUAUUAAAAAUUAUAAGCUUAAUUUAAAUAAAAAUAAGAAUAAGUAAAUUCAUUAUUAACAUUGAAAUCAACAUUAUAAAGUGGAUUAUUAUGAGUU